UUUCAGUGGUUGUAAAGACAGGGGACAGAAUCUCAGUCUUCACUUUCAAGCUUUCAUACUACUUCUAAGUAUAUAUUUCGACUACUUCUAGCGCCAAGAAAGUUGCAUUUCUUGAAUUUAUUUUAAAUAUAUUUAAUUGCUAAAUGUUUAUUGAUGUGAUAUUUAAUUAAAUUAACGGAUACAUAAUUCUUCUGUUUUCAACUUACAGAACUAUCCAAAAUGGGUCGUAAUAAAAAGAAAAAUAUCAAGAGGAGCAACAAUACUCUUAAUAUAAUAGAAAAUAAUUCUAAUAAACUAAAUUUAAAUCAUGAAAAUAAUAAUGACAAAAGUGCAAUUAAUUCUACUGCAUUGAUAAAAAAUGAUGAUGACAUAGCAUUAUCUACAAGCAUUUUGGAUGUCUAUUCAAGACUGAAUUUACCUCUUAUACCUGCUGGAGUUGAUUUAUCAAUCGACAGUGAUGAUGAAGAAACUUUAGAAUUUCAUAUUCGACCUCGUUUUGUUUAUGUUAGCAAUUUAUGCUUAACUUGCAUGAAUACUUGUACUGAAGAAAUUCAAUGCAACAAUUGCAAAAUGGUAUUUUACUGUUCUGAAAUUCAUAAAGAGCAAAAUAAAAAAGACCAUGAAAAUCUAUGUCGAGUACUCACCAAGGUUUGUGGUGGAAUGAAAGGUUUUUCUCUCGCAAAAAGUCUACCUCCUGAUUUGUAUCGAUCAUUUCGGAUAAAAACAAUUGAUGUAGUUGAAGCAUUGAUGGAAAGGCGGCUGGAUUUAUGGGAAAGAGAGAUUAUCUUGUAUCCAAGGAUUUGUAGAACUUGCAAGAAAGUCGGAGAUGAUUUAUCUUAUUGUUUAGACUGCGAAAUCGAUUUCUACUGUAGCAAUCAUCAGCAAGAACAUAAAAAAUGGUGUAAAGAUUUUCAAGUAUUCAAAAAAAUUCUGCUGAUGCAACAUCAACAUGGCUACAUUGAUCCUGAUGUUCCAGUUGUAUUUUACAAAGAAGCACGAAAGCUACCUUUCAAUUUUGACUUUUUGAUUUACAGCAUGUAUGAGAAUAGUCCUAGUUAUCGACGAAUUGAUUGCUAUACGUAUGCAAGUCUUUCUUAUAUUGCAACAGCUCCAUUAACUGCACUUUUUGCUUUGCAAAAAAGUAUAGAUGAUUGGAAGUUAAAAGAGGAUCUAGUGAUUCAUGUGAUUGGUGCUGAGUUUCAGUUUGAAUGUGCAUCAUUAAGAGUUUGGGAAAAACUUUUCCUUCAUUUUCUUCCGAAGUUAAAGAGGCUUUUUAUUGAAUUUACUGGACCAGAGUUGUAUUUGCCCCAAUUACCCCCUGAUCUCUUGGGAAGAAUUAAAAUGUGUCGAAGAUGUAAAUCUGCAAAAAGAAAAAUUAAUGUUUCUUUUAAUGCUCAACAAUUAUAUCAUAAUACGGAAAAUAAAAAAAACGCUGACCUCAUAUGUUUGUUUAAUCCAGGAUUAUAUAGAGUCACUGGAUUUGAUGGUACUGACACUUGGCCCCAAACUAUUAAAAAAUUCUGUUACGCCAAAGUUCCAGUUGUUGUUACAUCCUAUACUGAAUUUGAAAUACCACGAGACAUUGAAAGAAUUAAAUCCAUUUGUGAUGUUGAAGUGUUAUUAGAACCUCAGAAGAAUCCUUUUGCUGCUGUAAAACCUGAUAGGAAUUUCGUCAGCGAUGAUGUCGUUCCUUUAAUGUAUAAAAAUUAUUGCAUCAGCAUUGUGAAAGGUUUAUAAGUAAAUUGAUUCUGGUAAUAAGGAAGUACGUUUAUAGAAUAAAAUCAAUUGAGAAGAUUGUUUUAUACUAAAAAUAAAUAUAUUGCUACUUGUAGAUAAUAUCUGAAAAUAGUUUGUUGAUUUUAUUGAAAUAAAUAUGUUAACUGUAUUAUUAAUUUUUAAAUACUUGGCUUGUUUAAUUAUUAAUUAAACAUUGUAAAAAUUUGAUGAAUUAAUUAUAACAUCUAUAAUAGUCUGUGUACACAUUAAAAUCAUUUAA